AUGCCAUCCGUCCAACCAUUGGACAUAGACGAGGGCAUCAAGGGGCAGCGUCAAACCAUUGCUAUUGGUCAUGGAGAUGCCGCCUUCACCUACGCCGCCACCAUCUCCACUGCACUGCUGCAGGGGGACACCAUCAAAGAUUCCUUGGAGCAAAAAGACACCGAUAGAGAUCAGGAGAGCAGGCGCAUCAGCAUAUCGCAACACCAACAAGCUCCAGCUGUUGCUGGAACAAUGGACAGCGUGCCAAGGAAAUGGCUCACCCAGGCGGAGUUGCUUGGGAAAUACGGGGACGCUUCUGUGGUGGAUGCCAUCGUCCAAGCGAAGUUGGCAGAUCCAGAAGUGAUGGCAUCUCAUGUUCGUUCGAUCCGCAACAUCCAGUUGCCCGAGGGGCGAGGUGCGCGGGGCGCUGCUUCGCUACGCUUCUUCUAUGAGAACUUGGUGUCCAUCCGGCGCUUUAUGCUACAUGAUGUCAUGGGACUCUUGCGCGAGCAAAGCAAAAAGGGCCAACUGGCCGCCGUGGAUUCGUUGUCAUUGCAGCUGGAGUCGUACCGCGUCAUCGGCUAUCGAGACAUUGCGCCCCAGUAUAAGGUGUGGUGCAUCUUCCACUGCAACUUGGUGGCGCGGAAGGUCCUGAGCAUCCUGGAGUCACCCGCUGCGCAGACCAUCCAGAAACACAUCCGAAAUCUCAACAAGCUGCAGCAAACCUACAGCAUUCGCGAUGCCAUCUUGUCAGGGAACCCAGUGACCUCGAUUCGAGGAGGCGGACCAGACAGAAGCGCGCCCGCUGAGUACAGCCAAACAAGAAGGCAGUCCAACAACAACGACAAGGUUCCUACCCGUAGGUCAGACCGGCACAGCACCGAACGUGCCAUGCAGCUCACGUCGCAUUGGGUGCGCAGCUAUUCCUCGUUCUUCCCCACGGUGCCAGCCUCCAUGAAGGUGGUUCGCAAGGCCAUGGAUGCCAGAGCUAGGGAUGUCAGCAACGAUCUUGGGAUUGCACAAUGCUUUAACAUCCCUUAA